UGUACAGAAUGCAGUUUGUGACGCAUUUCAAAGCGCCGAAUGCAGCGUUGAGGUAUCGCCUGAGCUCACCGAGCCACCAUUCAACUUUGCAUUUCAUGCACUGGGCAAAGUGAUACGUUUACUACCUCACGGGGCUGCGGUACCAAAGGAGUUCUACCAGGUCUCAUCCAUAUCGGUAAGAUAUUCUGCCUCCAUACUUAUUUUUAGGGCCAGGAAUAUGUUGUGA